AUGAAGAUUUGCUGUAUUCUGUUAGCAAUUGCCGCCGUGUGUCACGCGGCGGGCAGCGACCGUUCGUGGACAACAGACGAAGGCAUCAAAAUUGAAAUUAUUAAGAAAAUUGGAGAUUCAAAAUGCAAAAUUAAAAGUCAAAGUGGCGAUCAGCUUGAGCAAUUCUACAAGCUCACUAAUAAAGAAGGAAAAGUGAUUGGAAGCAAUUUUGGACAAAAACCAUUUACGUUCACUCUUGGCCAUGGCGAAGUUAUUCAUGGAAUGGAUAUUGCGAUGGAAGGAAUGUGCGUUGGUGAACAGAGAAAAGUUGUGAUUCCACCAGAGCAAGGAUUCGAUGACGACGGUGAGGAAGUUGAAGGGACUGGAGAUACUUUGUAUUAUUUCGUUGAGCUUAAAAGCAUUUUUCGACCUCAACCGGGAGACAAAUGGAUCACGGAGGAGGGCGUCCACAUCCAUGUGACCCAUGAAAUUAAAGAUUGUGAGGUCAAAGCUGAAGCUGGUGACACUCUCCACCAACAAUAUACACUGACACUCGAAGACGGAACUUUCGUCGAUUCAAGCUGGAGUAGAAAUCGCCCAUUCAUUUUCAAAAUGGGAACAGGACAGGUGAUUCCUGGAAUGGAUAUUGCUAUGGCUGGAAUGUGUCAAGGAGAACGAAGAAAGGUUAUCAUCCCACCAGAGCUUGCCUAUGGUGAGAAGGGGCGUCCACCAAGAAUCCCACCAAACGCCAAUCUCCACUUUGAUCUUCAACUCGACAAAUUAAUCAGAGCAUCAAAAGAAGAACUCUAA